AUGGCUAGUGGUCGAAUGUCUAAAUCUCUAGAGGCUGUUUCAAUUAAUAGUUCAGAUGUUUUGGAUCAACCUCUAUCAUUUUGGCAACCAUUUCCAAGAUUAAAACAUUUUAGAAUCAUAUUGGCCUAUGGCAACCCUUUACCAAAUGUAAAUAUCUCUUCCUCUUGGCAUCAACAAAAUAUCAAUUGGUUGGUUAAUCCGCAGAUCAAACAAGUAACAUUUAUUGCUUCGACACACAAAAGUAUUCUAACAGAAAUGGGAACCUGUCCCAAUGUUACCAAAGUGGUACUAAGAAACAUUUAUCAAAGAUCUGUUGAUGUAGAUUCCAGUCGGUUCUAUAAAUUCAAUGGAAUAUUUAUAAACCGUGGUCUUUGUUUCGUUAAUGAAUCUAUGAAUACUGCCAUACCUAAAGAUGUUAUAAAGAAAUGGGUAUUCUCCAAGACUGAUGAUCGAAAAUGCAGAGAUUGGCUCUACUCUCAAGACUUAUUGGAUAAAUAUCAACAAGAGAGAUUGACUUGUCCAAUGCACACGUAUCAUCAUGCAAAUGAUGUCAAAAUAUCGAGCAAUAUUGCAAUCUCCAAAAGAACAAAUGGAGAUGUCAACCUUGUACCAUAUCAAACUAUCAAUUUUCAAAAUGGAUCAAGAAUUGACUCUGACCCAAUUAAACCAAAAUCGAUUUUCCUUGACAACUCUUUACAUCGGUUGGAUUGGACAUUCGAUAUUAUAACUAUGCAGAAAGCUAUAGAACCACCAACAGAGUUUAUAGAUUUAAUAUUAAAGUUUGUAAAGCUAGGAGAACGAUGGAGAAAUAAUCAAUUGAACGAUAAUGACAUUCAAAUAGAAAGCGAAAGCGAACAACUUUUAAAUGAUUACAAAUCAAAACAAGGUGAUGAUUUAAUACUAUCAUGGUUAUUGUAUCUUGUUUUAAAUGGUGAUACUAUUAUAUCUACCUCUACAAAUGUUAAAAGAAUGUCACUCCAUCUACUUGAUAGAGAAUUAAAGAAAUAUAUCAAAGUCAAAGAAUGGGAGUACAAUCAAAAGAUAGUCAAGAAUAUCUUCUAUUCAUCUUCGAUAGCAUCGUCGUCAUCCUCUGAACUAAAUUUAAUUAUAUCAAUCUUGCGUACUCUUUUGAUUAAAAACAAUUGUUCUAGUAAAUAUGCUAGAGAUGAAUUUAUAGAGUUUAUAGAAAAUGUUAUUAAAAGUGGUAAAGAUAAACCAUUUAGAGAGAUAAUACUAAAGAUAAUAGAAUCAUUUAGAAAAAAGUAUCUCCGAUCAAACACAAAAAAAUACUUGUUACCAACUUUUUGCAACAUUGCGACGAGUUUUCUAACAGAUAAUAGUAACCAUCAAUAUCAACUACGUGCACUCAAUAUCAUCCAUCCAAUGAAAAAGACAACAUGUGCACCCAAUUUUACGGUUGCACAUUUAUUAAGAAACAACUGUCAAUUCCAAUCUCCAACCUUUAAAUUUUCACACGAUACUGUUGUACAAGCUUUGGUUGAUCGAAUAGAUAUUAUCAUUGAAAAUCACAAAAAUGAUGAUUUCAUCUCAACCGUCAUCCAAAUCAUUCAAUAUAUUGAUCAAAAUCAAUACAAAUAUGUUAGCUAUAGAAUUGGUCCAAUAUUGUUGAAAAGAUAUAAAAGUUCAUCUUCCUCGAUUGAUCAAGAGUUUAUGAAGAUUAGUAUUUUAGGAAAGCAUUUUUUCAAAUGUCUAUUUGAAUUGAUUAAUUAUAGCUACUCUAUCGGUAAACCAUGUCUGCCAAAUGAUUGGCAAUUGGAUUUUGAUAUUGACUAUUUUUCAAUCUAUCUUGCACCAAUCAUGAAAUCUAUCAUCCAGACUCAAUCCAAUCCACCAUCAAUACCAAUAGAUUUCUUGAAUACAAUGGUACCUAUUUUAUAUCCAUAUUGGAAACACUUGGUCGGACCUAUAUGUAGUAUAGAAUGUACAACCAAUAUCAUGUCGAAUAUGUUGGCAUUGUUGGUAUCGAAAGAAGGAUUCAGUAAAAAUAGUUUCACUACAUUUAACCUUUUCAUAGAUUCAUUGAUGGAUCCGUCCGGUACUGGCAACAUUGAAAAAAUAUUUGGCGAAAUAACAAAGAUGAUUGAAAUGAUACAAGGAGGCGUUUGGACAUACGAUCAACUUUUAAGAAUAACCAAUUUAUUCAUUGAACGAGAUAACAAAUAUCAAGAUUGGAAAUAUAUUACACAAGAGUCUAUUUCUAACCAUGCAAAGUUACACCACCUAUUGGCAGUACACAGAGAGGAAAUGGUGUUACCACUUUCAUCGAUACGAAUAUCAUUAUCGAAAAUAUUAAAGUAUGAUGUAUCAUCAUCUGAUCUCCCAUCAAACUACCAUAUAGUACCAACCAUUAUAUGGAAAUGGAAAUUAUUAUGCGACUAUGAAAAUGAUAAAGCCAGUGCUGCUGUGGAAUACUACCAACAAAUCAUUCCACUACUAUUUGACAGAUUAUCAAAACCACUCAAGAUUUAUAAUCAAUAUGAACACCAAGUUUGGCUUCAAAAUGAAGAAAUGAUGAUAUCAUUGUGGCAAAUUGUCAAUUUACUUUCUUUGUACAAAGAAUCUCAAUUGCAACAACAAUAUCAAUUACAUUUUGAUAAUAUUUGCAAUCUUUUAUACAAAAAUCGAUCACCGAUGUUAUUGGAUGCUUUGGAUAAACUUCAAUCUGAUGAUAUUGAUACUUUUAAAUUAGAAAUCAAAACAUUAUUUAAUAUUAAAAUAAAUAAAAAGCAAAUUCUGGUUUGA